AUGGGCAUCCAGGAGCUUUUCUCGACCCUGUUCUCCCUUUUCAACUACCUCGCUCACUACCGCGGAAUACAACAGGUGAAGGAACGCAUUCCUCAGUCUUACUCGCUACGGAAGUACUACCUCUGGUUUGGCUACUUUGGACUGGCCAGCUGGACGUUCAGCAUGAUAUUCCACACGAGAGACUUCGCCCUAACAGAGAAACUUGACUACUUUGCAGCUGGGGCUAGCGUGCUAUAUGGUUUAUAUCUGGCUGUUGUAAGGAUAUUUCGCCUGGACAAGCUCCGGCCGCACUACAAGCCAUCGCUUUUACGAGGAUGGACGCUGUUCUGCAUGACACUGUUUACUAUGCACGUCUCGUACCUGACCUUCUGGUCCUGGGAUUACACGUACAAUAUGGCUGCCAACGUCGCGGUGGGAAUCAUCCAGGAUCUGAUGUGGACUAUCUUUAGCGUCAAACAAUAUAAACGAUACAUGAAGUCUUGGACGGCGUGGCCAAGUAUGAUCGUUGGAUGGGUGAUUUUGGCCAUGAGCCUUGAGCUCCUGGACUUCCCUCCGAUUGGUGGCCUAAUCGAUGCCCACAGCUUAUGGCAUUUAGGCACAGUUAUCCCCACCAUCUGGUGGUAUGCGUACGUUCUCCCUGUGCCGUCUCUUCUCCUAUCUUUCCUUUCCCUUCCCCCCUGCCUUCUUGUCCCUCGCUUGCUCCCCUUUUUACUGACUACCGUGGCCUUUCCCGUACAGAUUCCUUAUCCGGGACGCAGAGUUUGA